CAGUCUCCCUGGUAGCUGAUUCCUAGUUGUGGUGAAAAAUCUCAGUCCGAUUUGGAAGGCAAAAGGCCUCAGCCCCGCCCUACUGACUGAGCAUUCUACAACAUAUGGAGCGCCUACUAUGUGCAAGGCAUUGUGGCUACCCAGAACACACCUACCCUCUCUUCCAUAUGACAGCCCUUCAGAGACUUGAAGACAGUGUGUGACUCUCCUGUGAGUUAAGAGCACCGGCUGAGUCAGACAGACCCGAGUGACAAGCCCAGCUUUACUCUCUCUCAGCUGUGAGAGCCAAGAUUUUCUUACCACUUGGGCUUCAGCAGGACUCCUGAUAUCAUCACUUUAGGAACUCCCUCCACACUGUCCUGUGGCCAUGGCAGAUAUGUCAAAAUCCUUACAAUCACGACGAGCCAACAACAAGAUGAGAGAAGAAAAUGCAGACCCUCAAAACAGAGGAAUGACCUCCUCGAGACCAGUGACAGAGGCCAGAGCAGAGGUUCAAAUGCUGCAUUCUCAAGUACAGUUGCCUACAGUCUCGACUUCAACCUCAGAUCCUGGAGGGACAUCCACGCAGCUGAUGACAUCUCCAGCCUUUGAUACCACGUCUGCACCUCUAAUGGGAGCACAAAACUCUGGAGCACUGUCCCCAUCACUAUUGCCAGCCUCAGACUCUGAGGCACUGUCACCAUUGCUAAUGCCAACCUCGGACUCUGGGGCACUGUCACCACUGCUAACGCCAGCCUCAGAUUCUGGGACAUUGUCCCCGUUGCUGUCCACUUCAGACUAUGGGUUAAUGUCCCCAGGGAUGAUGACAAUCCCUGACUUUGGAAUGAUGUCCACAGUGCUAAUGGCAGCAUCAGAUUCUACAGAGAUAUCACCACUGGCAAUGCCAGCUCCAUCCUCUGGAGCGAUGUCUACGCCUAUAAUGAGCACUUCAUCCCCGGAGGCAAUGUCUACACCACUGAUGCUAGCCCCAGAUCCUGGAGAGAUAUCCCCACUCUUAAUGCCAGAUAUAAACACUGGAGUGGUGUCCACACAGCCAUUGUCAGCUCCAGGCUCUGAAGCAAUGUCCCCAUUGCAAAUUACAGAUGAAGACACCGAAGCAAUGUCCCAAGUGCUAAUGACUGCCCUAGCCUCUGGAGAGAUAUCUUCAUUGCUAAUGUCAGGCACAGACUCUGAAGUGAUAUCCUCACUGAUUAUGUCAGCCCUAGCUUCUGGAGAACCAUCAACCCAGCCAACAAGCGCCCAAAACUCUGACGGAAUAUCCACCCCACUCAUGUCAGACCCGGACUCUGAAGAAAUAUCUUCACUUUUAAUGUCAGCUCCAGGCUCUGGAGCAAUGGCCACAUCGCUACUGUCGGUCCCAGAUGCUGGAGAAUUGUCCACAUUACCAAAGCCAGCCCCAGAUGCUGAAGUAAUGUCCCCAAUGCUAAUGACGACCCUAACCUCUGGAGUGAUGUCCACCCAAAUGAUGCCAGCCUCAGGCUCUGGAGUGAUGUCCCCAUGGUUAACACAAAAUCUAGACUCUGAAAUCAUGUCUGUUCCUGCAGCAAGAGCAACAACCUCUGGGAUGAUGUCUGCACCACCAGUAAGAGCUUCAGAGUCGGGAGCAAUGUCCACACCACUAAUGAGAGGCCCAGCCUCUGGAAAUACUUCUACAUUGCAAAAGACAGUCCCAGCCUCUGGAGCAGUGGCCACCCCAUUGAUGACAGUCACAAGCUCUGGAGCAAUGUCCACAGAGAAAAUUCCAACUACAGCCUCUAGAGUGAUGUCCACACAGUUAGCAAUGGCCAAAACUUCUGGAGCAAAGCCCACAGGCCUCAUGAAAGCCACGGCCAAUGGGGGAACUUCCACACAGCGCCCGAGAGCCCCAGCUUCCGGAAAGAUGACCACACUGUCGAGGAAAGCUCCAGCCUCUGGAACAGUAGCCACACAACCAAUUACAGCUGCAGCCUCUGAAACAAUGUCCAUGCCACAGUUGCCAGCCACGGCCUCUGGAGCAAUGUCCAUGCUACAAAUGAGAGCCCCUGUGUCUGGAGCAACGUCGGCAUCACAAAUGAGGACCACGGCCUCAGGAUCGACAUCCACACCACAAAUGAGAGCAACAGCCUCCGGAGCAAUGUCCACCCCACUAAUGACAGCCAAAGUCUCUGGAUCAACAUCCACACUGUUAAUGAGAGACACAGGCUCUGGAGUGAGGUCUAUGACACAAACGAGAGCUCCGGCCCCUGGAGCAGUGUCCAAGCCACUGAUGACACCCAAAGCCUCCGGAACAGUGUUCAUGGAGCAAAUGACAACCACAGCUUCUGGAGCGAUGUCCACACCACUAAUGAGAGACACAAAUUCUGGACCAGUGUCCACAUCACAAAUGACAGCCACAGCCUCCGGAGCGAUGACCACACCACUACUGAGAGCCCCUGGCAAUGGAGCCAUGCCCACACCACUAAUGAGAGCCACAGCCUCUGGAAAGAUGUCCAGUCGGUCAAUGAGCACCCACGACUCUGGAGGAGUGUCCAUGUCACCCACGAGAUCCAUGACCACUGGAAGCAUGCGGACGAGAGCUCCAGCCUCUGAUGGGAUGUCCACACCAACACUGAGAGCUCAGGCCUCUGGAGCAAUGUCCACAACAUUAUUGAGAGGAUCAGACUCUGGAGGGAUGUCCACACUGCUCACAAGAGCUUUGUCCUCUGAAGAGAUGUCCCUGCCACUGAGAUCCCCAGCUUCUGGAGAGAUAGCCAUACCUCUGAGAAUCCCAGCUUAUGGAGCAAUGUCUGCUCCACAAAUGACAGCCACAGCCUCUGGAAUAAUGUGUGUGCCACAAAUGAAGAUUCCAGUCUCUGGAGCAAUGUCCACACCACUAAUGAGAUCCACAGCCUCUGGAGGGGUGUCUGUGCCACUGAUGAGAACUCCAGUCUCUAGAGCGACAUCCAUACCACAAAUGAUGCCUGCAGCUUCUGGGGACAUGUGCGCACUACCUAUGAGAGCCCCAGUGUCUGGAGGAGUAUCCCCACCACUAGUAAGAGCUCCAGUCUCUGGAACUAAGUCCACACCACUAAGGAGAUCCUUAGCCUGUGAAGCUGUGUCCACAGAGUUAGUGAGACCUCCAGCCUCUGGAAAUAUGUCCACUGCACAAACGACAGCCAUGGCUUCUGGAGGGAUGUCCAAGCCAUUAAUGAAAGCCACAGACUCUGGAACAAUAUCAAUGCCUUUGAUGUCAGCCAUGGCUUCUAGAGAGAUGCCUAUGCCGCUAAUUAAAACCAUGGCCUCUGGAGCAAUGUCCACAUCGCAAACCAGAUUUGCGAGCUCUAGAUCUAUGUCCUUGCCACAAGCCACAUACAUAGCUUCUGGGGGGAUGACCACACCACCAAUGAGAACCUCAGCUUCUGGAACGAUGUCCAUGCCACUACCAAGAGCCACAGCCUCUAGAGUGAUGUCCAUGCCACAAAAGAAAGUCACAGCCUCUGGAGGGAUAUCCACACCACUAAUGAGGACCCCAGCCCCCAGAGAAACGUCCACACCACAAACAGCCUUUGGGAUGAUGUCCACUCCGGAAAUCAAUGCUGCAGACUCUGGAGAGGCAUCUACCUCUCACACCAACAUCACAGCCUCUGGAGCAAAGCCCACACCACACAUGACUGCCGCAACCCCUAAAACUUCAGGCCCACCACCAGAGGAAGUGCCAUCCUUUGGAAUGUUGACCCCAGCACUCUGUUACCUCUUAGAAGAGCAGGAAGCAUCCCGGGGCUCAUGCUCUGUGGAGGAAGAAAUGGAGAUUGAUGAGGAGAAGCAAAUAAAGGGGUUUUUGGAUGAUUCAGAGAAAAUGGCAUUUCUGGUGUCUCUUCAUCUGGGGGCAGCAGAGAGAUGGUCCAUCUUGCAGAUGGAGGUAGGAAAUCCCCUCUCAGAUGAAAAUAAAUCUUUCCUGAGAAGAUCCCAGGGCAUAUAUGACUCCCUCUCUGACAUAGACAUCCUCAGUGCUGUUCUUUGCCAUCCCAAGCAGGGCCAAAAGUCAGUCAGGCAGUAUGCCACUGACUUCCUACUGCUGGCCCGACACUUGUCUUGGUCUGAUGCCAUUCUACGAACCAGGUUCCUGGAAGGACUCUCUGAAGCUGUUACCACUAAAAUGGGUCGGAUCUUCCUGAAGGUGGCCGGCAGCCUAAAGGAGCUGAUAGACAGGUCUCUCUAUACCGAGUGCCAGCUGGCUGAGGAGAAGGAUUCCCCGCACUACUCCAGCCAGGUUCUGCCGACAGCCUAUAAGAGAAAUAAUGAAGAGGCCAUGGAGGAUGAACUGAGCGCUCAGCAGCAGACCGAGGAGUACCAGCAUGUUUCCAAACGCUGUUACUACCUGAAAGAACAUGGAGACCCCCAAGAAGGUCUUCACGACCACCUUGGACAGAGCACGGGCCAUCGUCAGAAGGCCCCCAUCAACAAAUAA